CCCGCGCUCUCCUUCCCAACUCCCCCUCUUUUCCAAACCCUCCUCCAUCGCCGGCGCUCGACUUUCCGCAAGAUCAACACCAUCUAUCAACCCUAGAUGCGACGCCGUUUCGCAGGGAAAUGAGACCCCUCCAAAACCGAUCUCUUCCACUCCUUCCCCUCUCGAGCUGCUCAAGUCUUCCGCAGCUAACAGAUAUACUAAGGAAAAGAGCAGCAUUAUUGCAAUUGGACUCAACAUUCACACUGCUCCAGUUGAGAUAAGAGAGAAGCUUGCAAUCCCAGAAGCGCAGUGGCCUCAGGUCAUCACUGAGCUCUGUGCUUUGAACCAUAUUGAAGAGGCUGCUGUUCUUAGCACGUGUAACCGAAUGGAGAUAUAUGUUGUGGCCCUCUCACAGCACCGUGGUGUUAAAGAAGUAACUGAAUGGAUGUCAAAGACAAGUGGGGUUCCGGUACAUGAGCUUUGUAAACACCAAAUCUUGCUAUACAACAAGGAUGCCACAAAGCAUCUGUUUGAAGUAGCUGCUGGGCUUGACUCUCUUGUCCUCGGGGAAGGUCAGAUUCUUGCUCAGGUAAAACAAGUUGUGAAGGCUGGACAAGGAGUUGCCGGCUUUGACAGGAAAAUUAGUGGGUUGUUCAAGCAGGCAAUCUCUGUUGGAAAACGGGUUAGAAGCGAGACUAACAUUUCGUCGGGAUCAGUUUCUGUCAGUUCUGCAGCUGUGGAGCUGGGACUGAUGAAGCUUUCAGAGUCUUCCUAUGUCGAUGCUGGAGUAUUAGUAAUUGGGGCAGGAAAGAUGGGUAAACUCGUAAUUAAACAUUUGGUAGCAAAAGGGUGCAAGAAAAUGGUUGUUGUUAACAGAACUGAAGAGAAGGUCAACGCUAUUCGUAAUGAGUUGAGAGAUGUUGAAGUUGUUUACAGGCCUCUUUCAGAAAUGCUUGAAUGUGCUGCUGCAGCUGAUGUUAUCUUCACCAGCACUGCAUCUAAAUCCCCAUUGUUCACAAAAGAGAAUGUCCAUAUGCUUCCUCCAAUUAGCCAAGGAGAAAGAAGGCGACUUUUCAUUGAUAUAUGUGUUCCCAGGAACGUAGAACCGAGUGUGUCGGAUCUGGAUAAUGCACUUCUGUACAAUGUGGAUGAUCUGCAGGAAGUUGUAGUAGCUAACAAGGAGGACAGACUCCAAAAAGCAAGAGAAGCCCAGGCUAUUAUCUUGGAGGAAUUGAAUAAAUUUGAAGCGUGGAUAGACUCGCUGGAAACUGUCCCUACUAUUAAGAAGUUUAGAGCUUAUGUUGAAAGGAUUAGAGCCUCUGAGCUGGAUAAGUGUUUGUCCAAGAUGGGUAAUGACAUAUCAAAGGAGCAGAAAGAAGCAAUUUAUGCACUUAGUAUGGGUAUUGUGAACAAGUUACUUCAUGGUCCCAUGCAACACCUGAGGUGUGAUGGGAAUGAUAAUCGCUGUCUGAAUGAAGUACUUGAGAACAUGCGUGCUCUUAACAGAAUGUAUGAUCUGGAGACAGAAAUUUCCGUGAUGGAAGAGAAGAUUAGAGUCAAAAUGGGACGGUCUCAGAAGUGAGGUCUUCUUAAUUUUGUCCUCAUUUUUAUAUGGUGCCUACAAUCAUCACCAUUUUGUAUACUACAAUAGUAAAUUGAGGCCCUUUGGAGGGAAAUUCUUUUCAUUAUUUGUUUAACACUAUAGAAGUGCAUAGGUGUAGAUGUCACACACUGAAUUGAGCUUGUCACAAUUUUCGAGUUGUGCUUGUUACAGCGGAUGGUAGUUAACGAUUCAUGAUCGUGAUGAGACAUUAGAUUAUUCAUGUAAAAUAAUUGCAAAUUAAAGUCGUUGCUUUGUA